AUGUGCGACAACGCCAAGAAAAUCAGAGGAAUAGCAGAAAACGUGAAUAUUCUUCUGAAAAAGGCUGAGAAAAGAAGAAAAUCGAUAAUCGAUGAAAUAAGAGCGGUAGACGAAUACUUGAAGGAGCUGGAGCAGAAGAAAAAGAGGCGCGGCAGACGGGACCAGGAUGUUUAG